AUGGAUGGUAUGGAGAUACUUCAGGGCUUCCACCAGUCCUUGCAAAACCUUUACAACAAUGAGGAGUUUUCUGACCUCACCAUCAAAUGCAAGGGCACCGAGAUCAAAGUCCACAAGAUGGUCUUGGCAUGCCACUCACAACACUUCAAAAAGAUGUUCAGCGGUCCAUGGACAGAGAGCAAAGAAAAUGUGCUCGAGAUCAAGGACUUUGAGCCAGCUGUCGUAGAAGCUAUGCUCCGCUUCAUGUACGAUUUUCACUACGCUGGAAACAAACACGCAGACACAACCUUCCAUGUCAAAGUCCACGAAUGCGCAGAUUACUACGCGAUGGAUGUACUCAAGAAUAUGGCAGCCGAGAACUUUAGGUCGGUCGUGGGAUGGGUUGUUACCCAGAAGGAUCUUGUAGCGCUUAUUGAAUAUCUAUACGCAUCACCAGAUCUCGGUCUUCGUAAUCUUAUCCUAGACAGAAUCACCGAAAGGAUUGAUGUCCUACUGGAUCAGGACUGGUUUGAUGGCGUGAUGGUGUCAGUGCCUGAAUUUGCAGCUGCCAUGUAUGCCUUGGAGUAG